AUGGAGGCUUCCGGAGUCAGCAGCAAAAGGCCUGCGUGUGAUAAUUGCAAAGGCAGAAAGCGCGUUCUCAUCUCGCCCCGCUAUGAUGAGGCCAUAGAAAGUGUUGACCGCUCGCUGAAGGAAGUGUCGCAGGCGGUGCAGCAGCUACUCGAAAUCAACCAGCAAAAGUCGAACUCAUCACCACUCAUCUCCCCAACAUCCUUCAUCGGCAAUCACUCUCCCGACAUUUCAGGCCUAUCUGAGGGAUACAGAGGCGAAUCUUCGUUUAAAGCGCAUGUCCACCGGGUCACGGAUGCACUCAAGGAUGCGGCUGCAGACCUAGAGUCGACCUUGGGCGACGAUUCGGCGCUCUCUGCCACCGUGCAAAUGAUCGACCAGGCUACGGGCAGUGAAGAGAGUAGUCCCACUCACAUCGGCAACUCUCCAUUGACCGUGCAAGCCCAGCAUCCCGAGUUGGAGGGUAGGAGCCUUCCGUCAACUGAGCGCGUUCUGAAGCUCAUUCGACUGUGUCAGACUGAAAAGCAGCGGUUUUUCAUCGACGUCCCCGUGAUUGACGAACAAGAGUUUGGUGAGUAUUGCCAAAAAGUUUGCUUUGCUAUCACCGACUUUUCUACUGUGGAUUGGAUCAUUUUCAACGCCGGUUUGUUUUUCUUGCUCCAAGGACUCAAACGCCAUCAUUAUGCCCUGAUCGACAUCAACGAGUCAGACAUCGAGGCGUACUCUCAACUCCUCAAGGCCAACCUUGAAGCUGCGAUACAGUCUUUGAGACUUUGCAGCGACCCUUCAAUACAAGCAUGCCAAGCUCUAGCAGUCCUGGCCAAAGUACACUUGCAUGGCAGCUCAUAUCGGCCGCGUCGAGGAUGUGCAUCGACCUCGGUUGGCAUAGACUACCUAGCAAUGAGCCAGAGUUCUCAAAAAGGCGACAAGUGUUUUGGCAUGUUUAUGUCCACGACAAAAGCAUGGCUUUUACAAUGGGCAGGACACCGUCGAUUCAUCCCUAUGAUGUCUCCACUGAGCGGCCGUCCAUUCCCAAAGACUGCGUUCCGGGUGUGCCAGUACAGUAAAGCAUCCCUUCUUGCCUUUCCCCGGAACUGGUAUGCUGACGGCACCUUCAGUCUUUAUUCUGGAUUCGUCGAGUACGCGUUUAUUGUUGGCGAUAUGCACGCUGAGCUAUUUUCUGCUUCAGCGCUUCGACAGCCACUAGAGACACGAAGCCAGAAUGCCAAGUCGGUAGUUUCCAAAUUGCUUGAAGUCAACACGCGUAACAAACAGUCUAUCGGACAUAACCCUCCCGACGACGACCUCUAUCAGGCGCUUGCCGUGCUGCUCGACUUCAUGAUGUACGGUCUUGUCACGAUAGCUUAUCGUGUCAUCCCAUGCGAUGAAGCAAGCGAUAGUCCACUGAAAUGCAGCAACGAAUGCACGGAGGCUGCUCGAAGUGCCCUUCGUACAAUUGUGAGGGCAUUCAAAUCCUGGGGCCAUCUCAGAAUCACUGGAUGGACAAUGCUCCUCAACAUGAUGUUCUCUCUAGUACCCUUUGCCAGCUUUGUAGUGCUCGCGGGACACACCGUGGCAAUGGCGUCCGAAGAGGACCUAACACUCCUCUGCAGCGCAGUGUCUGCCAUUGAACCCACAUCAAUCAGCUCGCCUUCAGCCAAGAAGCUGUACGAUGUGUGUAAGACGUUCUAUGAGCUCGCUAGCUUUGCUGCCAAGCGAAGAUCCUUGAUAAGCAAGAGGCCACCGCAUACAGAGCAGGUGUAUGGACAACGGGAACUUGGGGAUAUUCCUUCUUUACCGGAGGUCAAUUUCGCAGUACCUCCGUACGAUCACAUCAUGGCUCCUCAAGACUGGGACGCCGUGAUGAAUGAGUUCGAUCUGGGCACUGGAGCCAGCGCUAUGGCUUCCUUUGUAGAACCUUACAUACCUUUUGAUGGUAGAUUGCCCUGA